AUGAUUUAUCUACAAUUUAUAUUAUUAGUUUUGGCAGGGAUUUCGAAAAAUGCUGUAGCACAGGUAAGAACUUCCUAGUUUUUAUCAAAUUCGAAAUUUUUUUGAAGCUUCUUUUUUUUCCAAAAUUUUAAUUCAAUUAUUCUACAAGAAAUUUCAAAGUUAUUUUUCUAUUAAAAACUUUGAAUAGGCACAAAAUCAUCAAUGAUCUAAAAAUCUAGAAUAUUCUGGAAACAACUUAUAAUAACUCUCCUCACCCACAUAUUUUCUUCAGAAUAUGGAUAUUCAACCAUUUCUAUCAUUUCUUCGACCGGAAAAUAUGCGAAGUAUGGCUGAAUUGGCUACAGAAUUAUCCUCAAUGGCUACAAAAAAUAUAGCCGAAAAUGAAAGAGAUAUACAGUAUGACUUUUCUUUUCAAAUCCCCCAACCAACAUAAUCUUCUUACAGAAAAACUGCUUCAAUUCCUCAACCAAUUGAUCCACAAACAGCAAGACCAUCUCAAAUGAUUGGAGGCGCUUUGAGUAAUAUUGCUUAUCAAUCGAGAAAUGCAAUUCUUGAUGUAUUAUCAUCUUCUUCAACUACAACACCUACUCCUAUCACUUUUGGAAUGUUGCCAACAACUUUGUCAACAACAGUAAUCCCUAAUAUUUUUGGAGCAAAGACGGUUGAAAUUGGAAAUGGGAAUGCGAAUGAAGAAAGAGAUGUUUUAGGUGUUAAAGAAUUUAAAAGACCAAAAGAAAUAAGAUAUGCUGAAGCAAGUAGUUCAGGAGUUGUUGAAGAAGUUGCUGCUGCUUCAAUUCCAAAUUCUGAACCACUUUCAAAACUUCCGCCACCUCAAAAUGCAUUUGAUGGAAGUCCUUUUAUGCAAAUUGCUCGAAGAUUUUUGCAAGUUGGAAAUGGACAACAAAAAGAUGGUGAAGGAAUGAUUCCACAAAUUGGAAUUCGAGAUUUUGUUUCGAAUUCUGAUAGUAAUUUUGGUAUUCCAAAGGGAAAAGGUUGUUUACCUUUUAUUUCUGAAUUUAUGCAAAUCGCAUAUGGAAAUUGUCAAAAUGUGGCGGAUGAAAAAACAUUUGAUGCUUGGGGUGAUGAACUUCGAAGUGCAAUUCUAACUGGUGAAAUUGAUCUACUUAAAGCAAGUCAAGAAACAUGUAGAAGAGGUGCUGAAAGACAACAAUGUGAUGCAUUAAGAGAAGCUGUUGCAAAUUGUGAUGUUAUGGCAAGUAUUGAAAUUGGAUCACAACUUCAAAGAAAUAUGAAAAGAUGUGAAGAAGUAUCUGGAAUUAUUGAUCAAAAUCCAGCAGCAGUUUUGGGACAAUUGAAUAAUCUAAUUAGUGGUGAAAUGGCUCAAGGAUUCUUGAAUAACUUCCUCAAAAAUGGUUAA